AUGCAAAAAAGACGAUCACUUGGCUCUGUUGAACUUCCUGGGAGACCACAGUUCGGACAUACUCAUGCCUUUGGGCUUUGGAAUGAGCUAAUCGGGAAAACUAAAAUCAGAGCCCAUACCAGAUUCUGUGGAGGUGGAGGGCCCCCCGGAGGAGGCGUACCCGGAAUUAGCCCGCCUCCGGCUGCUACUUGUCCGAUAAACGCACUGAAACUCGGUCUCUGCCUUGAUGUUCUUGGUGGUUUAGUGCAUGUUGGGAUAGGGGAUCCAGUGGAAAACAUAUGCUGCCCAGUUAUUCAAGGAUUAUUGGAACUAGAAGCAGCAAUUUGUCUGUGCACAACCAUAAGACUUAAACUUCUUAACCUUAACAUAUUCAUUCCUCUUGCACUUCAAGUUCUUGCGACCUGUGGUCUUACCCCUCCUCCUGGUUUUGUAUGUCCACCUCUCUAA